ACUAACAUUGAGGAAGCUUACAGCUCUAAUAUAUCUGAAGAGUACGCUGACUGUUUUGGAGAGAUUGGCACACUGAAGUCCACCUAUCACAUGUCAUUGAAAGAUGAUGUCCGUCCAGUAGUGGUACCUCCUCGAAAAUUGCCGUUUGCUCUUAAAGAUCGACUGAUGAAGGAACUAGACCGCAUGGAGAGCAUGGGUAUAAUUGAAAAAGUCAAAAAAUCCACCGACUGGGUCAACGCCUUAGUUCUUGAAGAAAAACCCAAUGGAAAGCUUCGCGUAUGCCUAGACCAGCGUCCAUUAAUCCAAGCCAGUCAAAACUCUCUCAUCUUCAGUGCGAAACAGCAAACGACGUAG